CCCUCCUCCUUUCCCCUAUGCUCAGUUCGGUUUGUGUCUCCUCUUUCAAAGGACGCAAGGGUGGGAACAAGUCGCCCAACAAAGCAUGUUACAGUGCAGACAUGACUUGUCCGUCAGACAGCGAGAAAAUCGUAAUAAACUGCGGAGGGGUGCGACACGAGACUUACCGCAGCACCCUCAAGACGUUGCCCGGUACCCGCUUAUCUUGGCUUACCGAUCCGGACGCGUUUAGCAACUUCGACUAUGACCCCAAAAUCGACGAGUUCUUUUUCGACCGCCACCCCGGCACAUUCACGUUCAUCCUCAACUACUACCGCACAGGCAAGCUUCACUGUCCCAACGAUGUGUGCGGCCCACUGUUCGAGGAGGAGCUCGCCUUCUGGGGCAUAGACGAGACGGACGUGGAGGCGUGCUGCUGGAUGAACUACCGUCAACACAGGGAUGCCGAAGAGGCGCUGGACAGCUUCGAGCAGCCGGAGCCAGAGGAGCCGGAAGACGACCUGGAGCUGACUGCGGACGGAGAGCUCAAGAGGCUGUGCCUGCACGAAGACGGACGCAAGAGGAGCUGGUGGAGUGUGUGGCAACCCUAUUUCUGGAAUCUUUUUGAGGAUCCGUAUUCUUCCAAGAAUGCCAAGUACUGUGCGUUCCUCUCCCUUCUGUUCAUCCUCAUCUCCAUCACCACCUUCUGCCUGGAGACGCAUGAGGCCUUCAACACUAUCUACAACAAAACAGAAAACGUGACGGUGGGCAAUGUGACAAGUCAGGAGAUCGUCUACGAGGUGGUGACCGAUGGCUGGCUCACCUAUGUGGAGGGAACGUGCGUCAUCUGGUUCACCAUUGAGGUCAUGAUGCGCGUGAUCUUCUGCCCCUGCAAGAAGGAGUUCUUCAGUAGCACCCUCAAUAUCAUUGACUUUAUUGCCAUCAUGCCCUUCUACCUGGAGGUGGCUCUCAGCGGUCUGGAUUCCAAAGCCGCCAAAGACGUGUUGGGCUUCCUGCGAGUGGUGCGCUUCGUCAGGAUCCUGCGUAUCUUCAAGUUGACUCGUCACUUUGUGGGCCUGCGAGUGCUGGGCCACACGCUCCGCGCCAGUACCAACGAGUUCCUCCUCCUCAUCAUCUUCCUCGCCCUCGGGGUGCUCAUCUUCGCCACCAUGAUCUACUAUGCCGAGCGCAUCGGUGCCGACCCUGACGACCCUACGGCCGCCAAACACACAAACUUCAAGAACAUCCCCAUUGGCUUCUGGUGGGCCGUGGUCACCAUGACCACUCUGGGCUAUGGGGACAUGUACCCUGAGACGUGGUCGGGGAUGCUGGUGGGCGCACUGUGCGCCCUGGCGGGGGUGCUGACCAUCGCCAUGCCUGUGCCCGUUAUUGUCAACAACUUUGGCAUGUACUACUCACUGGCCAUGGCCAAGCAGAAGCUGCCCAAGAGGAAGGGCAAGCACAUCCCUCGGCCCACCAUGCCGGGCUCGCCCAACUACUGCAAGCCAGAUGCCCUGGCCAUGGCCACUGCCGGGCCGGGUAUGGUGGGCUCAGGCAGCCUGGGGGGAGGGGACUGCCCUCUGGCCCAGGAGGAGAUCAUCGAGAUCAACAGGACAGAUUCCAAGCAGAAUGGCGAUGCGGCCAACGCAGCCCUGGCUAAUGAGGACUGCCCCACCAUAGACAUGGUGCUUGGGGAGGAGAGGAGUCCUGCUGCUGGGGGUCUAGGCACCGGCGGGAGCCGUGAGCGCUAUCCCCAUGACCGCGCCUGCUUCCUCCUCAGUACUGGAGAGUUCCGUGCUACAGACGGCAACGUGAGGAAAGUGUUGAGUUUCUAAAAUUCUCCUUCCUGUCCAAGAAGAGGAACAACCUUAGGACACAAUUCACCCAGAGCUCCCUACUGGAUUCACUGUAGGCUGAAGGGAUACGUAACCGGAGAGAGAGAGAGAGAGAAAAAAAAGGAGAGAGAGCGAGAGAACGAAAGAAAGAAAGAGAGAACUGAAGGUGAUGAUGAACGGAUGAUAGAAGACAAAGAGAGUCAAAAAGAUUUGUUCAUCCCUCCACACCCGAAGCAUCCUUCGUUCCUGUGGACUCCUCAAUCAGCAUCAUCCCUUAGAAAACAAACUCCAGACCAACGUGACAGACUUACAGUGACUCUGAGUACCUGGAAAAGCAUCACACUGAAACACAUACCUUAUGUCAGCAUACUUUACAGAGUCUUAUUAUACUAAGUCAUUGACAUUGAAAUCCCAGACAAAUAAUAAAAGAAACAAACAAUAGAACAUAAGGAAAUAGGAAAGAGCCAAAGGGUUAUGGGACAGUAGGACAAUGUUCCACAACUUGGUUGUCAUCCUACUGUGUCAUAGAUAAUGUAUGCUUUUAACCACUGUCAAAUGUUCCCUUAGACAAAUGACAUUUUACCGGCUCUCAGAUACAGUAUAUUAAAUUGUUUUUAAAUCUUCCUAUUUAGUACUUCAAAGAUCGGACAUACAGUAGGGUAGGCUAUAUAAACAAACUACUGCAGUGGUCUGAGAUUACUCAACAUAGUCAGCGUGGAUGUGACUAGAGAAAAGGAGAGCCAGGUGCUAGCCAAUGGCAAAAUACAUUUACAUAACAGUCAUUUUACUGUUUUACAGCCAAACACUAUGCAAAGCUAUGAGGCUGAACAACCAUUGCGUCCAGUGACUCUUGAGUCAGCCCACUAUGGUGACACUACCUUCUUAUGUUCAGUCAGUCACACCUGUUGGACUGUUUUCACUGAUUUACAGCCCUCCUCUUACCUCUCACAAGAGACACACUUCAGAAGAUAUUAUGGGCCCCAAUAGUAGAGCAACCAGGCAUAUAGUAUACCAGGCCAUUGGCCAUUUCAUUUAAACCUGUGUGUAGAUCUGAAAUACGAUACACUCCAUGACUGACUGAUGCUGACUCGUGUUGCAUGAGAGUGUGUCGGCUGACCCUAACAGAUCUACUCAUCGACCACUUUGAAGGAUUUGGACCUAAAGAAAACCAGUGUGUGUGUGCGUGUGCGCUUGUGAGAGUGUGUGUUGCUGAAGAGUUGAGGAGGACGCCAAAGGAGAGAGACACUGGAAGCAUGACCUGCAACGCGCAUGCCAAGAAAGGAAGAGACUGCUGGAAAACAAGGACAUACAUUGCCCUCACUUUCUCGCUCUCAAACUCUCCCUCUCUUUAUCACCACCCCUCUGCAUCUCAGCAUUGCUCCUCCUCUGUAGCAAACUGCAUGGCAUGAUCGAAAAAACCUGAGGAACGAAACGUAGAGAACAAAAGGAUGGAGAGCGAGACCAGAGAGACUUUAUUUUUUAAACCAAACAAUCAAACAAUCAUUGUCACAUCAACCUUUUUCAAAAAUAUCCAAUUGGUAACUAUUUGCAAGUGUCAAGAUAACAAAUGGUCAACUGCUCAUUGAGAGAGUGGCUACUGUAAAGGUCUCUCUCCUUUCUGUAGAAAGGAGGAUGAUCAAAGAGCACUGCUCCUCUGGGGGGGAUCAGAAAGGUUCACAAGGAAGUGCGAGAAAAUAGCGGGAACAGGGUGAACUUUGAUAAACAAUUCCGGGAAAAAAGUGAAAAUGCAUUUUUAUUACUUUGUUUACCAGCAUGACUAUUCUGCAUGAGUCUACUUCUGCAAGCCCUAACCCCACCCCCUCCGUAAAAAAAGAGGGCUAGGAAUUGAAAAAAAAUGAACAAAAUCGAGAGGAAACAAAAAAUAUUUAUGUUAUAUGCAACUAAUUUCAAAAAAGAGCAGGAUUAUAUUAAAAAAAAGAUCUAUAUUUUGUUUUGGGAUAAUAAAAAAGGAAUAACGAAAAAAAUAUAUAGGAUUGGAAGAUACACAUUGAACAAUGUUUUCUUAGAUAAAUAAGAUACAAACACCACCAAAUCUACCAGAGAUGAACUAUGCGAUGAACUUCCCCUGAUACUACAACUAUUCUACUACUUUGAUGACUACUCUUCUCGUGUUCUGCUACUUCUUCUUCUACUGCUCUCACUCUCUGGUCCUACCGCCCUGAUUGCGUCCCCUGCUGCCAAUUCUCUGUCUUCCACCCCACUGUCCACCCAGGUCCCCUCUCCACUGUCUGUCUGUCUGUAUAACUAUGUUGGACUGUACUCAGAUCCGUCAUAUUCACUAGGAUCCAAACGGAAGCAAAUGGCCCGGAACAUCCCUGAACUUGUCUAACACGUUUUCCGCUGUAAAGUUGUUUGCUAUGGUGUGCACUAAUGAAUACGACCAUGAUGGACUCUUGUUGUUCUUUCAGUCUCGUGCUCAAGGUGGGAGAUGGCAGCUUCACCACCGGGACGCGGUUGUAGACUAUAAGGUCUCGGCUAACUAAAGCAGUGUAGCGAUACCUAGCAGAGAUUAGACCUCAUAACGUCCCCAGGCUAAUUGCCUACAGCGCAUUGGGAGAAAGUAUCUGAUCAAGUGAACGAGAUUCGCGAUGACCUAAUACAAGAAAUUACCGUGUAGCCCAAUAAUACUGUAGCUCUGACCCUAUACUGUAGCUAGCUAGCACCUGUAGCACUGCACUGACUGGCCAGAUAGUGUCAUAUUAGCUCAGCCCUGAUAUUGUAGCUAGCUAUACGAUGCAUAGCUUUGUACUGCUAUGACAUACGCCCCCUGGCGUUGGUGAAGCAGCCAUCUUUGCUCCAUUUCCUCAGGUGGGGAUAGCAUAUUUCCAGGAAAACUGCUGUUCAAAUAUGCAUGAAGGGAAUGCCGAACGGUCUAUCUAUGCUAUCAUAUUGAGCUUAUCUAGAUAAAUAGUUGUUGUUUCUGUUGAUGAACAAAAGCUCAUGUUGACCUUCCACCACCACUGCCUGUUUUGCUGGAUGCAUAGCACCUCACCACACUCUCAACAGAUUUUUUUUUGUCUUAUUUCCCCCUGUUUUUCCAUGUUUAUUAUCAAGUGAAAACUAAUGUUGCUAUGUUCAGUUUCUAGGCCUGUAUGUAUAGGUCAUAUCUCGCCAGUCACCGCAAACCCUUACCUAGGCCUACAUCAGAGUUUAGAUAAUAUGCUGCAGAUGUAGCCUACUCUUUGUCGCCCUCUACUGGGCUCCAGUGCAUUGCGGGGGAUGUAGUUUUAUCCCCCAGUGAAGAGUCAUCAUCUGAGCCGUGGUUAGUAUUUAAUGUUACAAUGGAGGAGGAGGCGUGUUAAUUAUGUUGGGGGGGGUUUUAAAAUGACGUCACAGACCGUGUCAAAUACAAUUUGGGUCACAUUCAUUUGCAUAUUGCUAGUUUAUGUUUUUGUCUCAAAUGAGUGUUAACUUGUGUUCACUUGCCAAAAUUGUUGCUUUGUUUUUGUUUGUUUAUUUGUUAUUACGCAAUGAUGAAGAUUUUGAUGAUGUUCCAGAGAUGCUGGGGGCUAACUGUACUGAGAACUGAGCAACUACCUAUGCAAGAGUUUGACUGUAGCAUAUGAUUAUACUUCAGUGUUUCAUUGUGCCAAAGGAGUUCAGUGUGUUGGGUCUGUUUGUUGUGUGGGAGGGCAAGAAUGGGAAAGGGUAA